AUGUCAGCCGACUUCUGGGCCGGCUAUCUCAGCGGUGCUGCAGGUAUUCUCAUCGGGAAUCCUCUUGAUCUUGUGAAAACACGUCUUCAAGCCGGCAGCAGCCCUUCUCCAACUCUUGAUUCGGCUACUUCGCCACUGCAGCAAAGCUUCAAGGGCCACUUUGACCGCGCAGGAACUUUGGUGAGAGGCGCAACAGCACCCAUCCUCGGCUACGGUGCCCUCAAUGCAAUUCUCUUCGUCUCUUACAACCGCACCCUCUCCCUGCUAGGAGACUCCCCCUCUGCCCCAUCUAAUCUGUGGAGAGUGUGGUUGGCCGGCUCUGCAGGAGGACUCGCAACCUUCGUUGUCUCUGCGCCCACCGAGCUCAUCAAAUGCCGUGCUCAGGUCUGGAAGGGGAACGCCAGUUCCUGGUCAAUUGCACGAGACACUUGGAAAUAUGAAGGAAUAAGAGGACUGUAUUAUGGGGGGGGGAUAACGAGUGUGAGGGAUGCUGUGGGAUAUGGGUUUUAUUUCUGGUCUUAUGAAUGGAGCAAGCAAACUUUCAGCUCUCCCGAAGACACAGAUAGGCAGACCGCCCUCAAAGUGUUGUUGUGUGGAGGGUUUGCAGGCAUUGUGACGUGGGCAUCCAUCUUCCCACUAGAUGUCGUCAAGACAAGAGUUCAAACGCAACUAUCACAUUUACCAUAUUCCCUCAGAAGCGAACAACGCGGCUUGUUACAUCCCGAGCUAGAGGGCAUUCCCACACCGCAGAAAAAAAGGCUGAGCACGUUACAUGUCGCAAGGCAAGCCUACCAAUCAGAUGGCGCAGGCGUCUUCUUUCGUGGGCUGGGGAUAUGUAGCAUAAGAGCCUUCGUCGUCAACGCCGUGCAGUGGGCUGUCUAUGAAUGGAUGAUGCGGCUGUUGCAGCAGCCAUGAAGGAUAGCACUUAGAAAAUAGCAACGAAGAAG